AUGUCGGCGUUGCAGACAUUCAUGCUGGUUGUGGACCAUGACAAGCAGGAAGCUAUCAGAAUCGCCGAACAGACUGCUCAAGAUGUCGAGAACAAGCAAACCACCCUGAUCGAAGUCGUUCAAUCGCUCGGCGAGUACGUCAAUGACGACGAUGCUAUACUACGGGGAAAAGCGGUUUCAUACUUGGCUGCUGUUAUCAAAGAAUUGCCUCCGAAACUUCUCACGCGACAGCAAGUACAGGUGCUGACGACGUUCUUCGGCGACCGCAUUCAGGAUGGAGGGGCCAUCAGUGGCCUUGAUACUCUUCAGAAGUCGGAGAGAUUCAGCAAGGAGCUAGGUCAAGAAACUGCGCGGGCGAUUUUUGAGAAUUUCAAGGAACUCCAAGCACGAGCGCAGUCACAGAGAUACCAAUUAUACCAACUCCUCAACGGAUUAAUGGAGAACCAUAGAGCUGCUCUUCAGGAAAUGGGCGACGAAUCCCUAAUCGGCAUCGUAGACCUGAUGACCGGAGAAAAAGACCCCAGGAAUCUUAUGCUUGUCUUUUCGAUUCUCAAGGUGGUCAUGAUGGAAUGGGAUUUGACCGGCCAUGCCGACGUGCUUUUCGAGGCCGUGUACAAUUACUUUCCCAUCACCUUCAAGCCCCCUCCGAAGGAUCCCUAUGGUAUCACAGCCCAAGACUUGAAAGAUCGCCUGCAAGAUUGUAUAUCUUCUAAUUCAUUGUUUGCGCCUCACUCUUUCCCUGCGCUCCUUGAUAAGCUCGACUCUACAUCAAAUAAUGUCAAGCGAGAUUCUUUAAACGCUUUGUCCGCGUGUAUCGCAUCCUACGAUGCAAACACAGUGUCGAGAUAUUCGAUCAAAAUCUGGGAGACCUUGAAAUUCGAAAUUCUCAACUCACAAGAAGACUUCCUUGCUGAAAUGUCUUUGACUGUGCUUCAAGAGAUUGUGAAACGUCUUUCGGACCACGUCGCAGAAGUCUCUCAGGACAUACCGCUUGCCCACUUCCUGAAGCCUAUCAUCAAAGAAUGCAAUGAACAGCUGCGCGAGCCCCAGCACAAACAGGCAAAGCCGGCACGAGAUAUCCUUCAGGCCGUAUCUUCCGCAUCGCCGCCAUCUUUUGUACUCAUCAUUCAAUCUGUUGUUGCACCGCUUUUCACCUUGUACCAAGAGGCCGACUCUAUCGCGAAACAACGAGCGUUUCUCGAGACUUACGUUGCGCUUUUAGAUUCCGCAAUUGACGUGUAUGGAACGUGGGCAGAUAGGGACUUUGUCUCUCCACAGGAGAAUCCUUUGGCGGCUUUUCAAGACCAAUUUACCGAAGUCUUUAGUCAAGCCUUGAUGGGCACAGCUAAAGAAGAAACACCAUUCCGACAAACAGCUUUGCAGGGCCUUUUACGACUUUCCAAGCUGAAAAAUUUCUUCCAGGACAAUGAGAUUGGCUUAUUCGUGCAAUACCUGGACGAGAUCCUUCUCAAGGAAGAACCUGUGGGCUCUGGAGAGCUCAAAAAGGAUGCCAUUUCCGCUCUCGCGGAGCUUUCGAGACAUAAAUCUAAAGUGAUUAUGGAUAUCACACUGCCCGCCUUCAUGGCUACUCUCCCCGACCAGGAUGAUGGGAAAGAGAUGAAGUAUCUCUCGACAUUGGACACACUUGCGCAGAUUAGUACGGAAAGAGACAUUUUUGAGACACUAGUCCGCAGACUCCUGAACAAGUUCGAUUUCUUGCUUCAAGGAGACUCUUCAAGUCCCUCAUAUGCGAAAGCCAUAAUUCUGACCAUCAUUUAUGCCAUGGAAAAGAGGUCUGAUGACCCACCACAGAGUCUUGAAGCUUACUACGACCGAGUUGUAGUUGGGUUGUCCCGCAGAGUUGCUGCAGCUUCGACCAGCGACACAAACAAAAUCUUACGAGACGUUACAGUCCUGGACACCAUUGGAAGACUGUGCAACUUGAUAAUUAGGUCGAUACCUCGUGGCAAGCAAGAUGAGGUUGCUGAAAAUGUCUAUGCGCUUUACUCGCAGCCCAAUGACUUCCAGCCAAUUCCUUUCAACAAGGCAUCAACCGAAAGCCAAAUACGAACGGUGAUCUUGUCUACGUAUCUUCUUGCAGGAUUACCAAAAGACACGGCCAGUCUACUGCCGUACUUUAACCCUGAUGCGACACCCCUUCUCAAUGAAUUCGUGCAGCUUUCAAGCAAGACAUCUGACCCAGCCGUCCAACUCACAAUUCGCCGUCAUCUUGCCCUCCUAAUCAACAAAUUCCUGCCCAACUCAGGAUUACCGUCUAUCUCAAACAUAGUUGAUGGCCUUCUUCCUAGUGACUUGGAAAACUCAAAGCUUGCCCCUGAGCAAGUCAAGACGUUGUUCUGGGUCUCCAAAGCAUUGAUCCUCCGAUUGGCACCUUCGACCGCUUCUCUACUCUCAAGUCUCCUCUCGUUACUAUCAUCUCCAGACGAGGCUACCAGAGAAACGGCGGCACGAGGUUUUGCCGUUAUCCUCAGCCCAGAUGAUGUCCUAUCGGUCGAGAACGGGGCAAACAUUCGUCUCCUUUCCAAACAGCGGGUUUUCAGCAUCGUCCUGCCUCUUAUCAGCACCAAGAUCCGCGAAGCUAGCACAUCACCCGCCUCAUCAAGGAUGAAACCAGCAUAUCUCACCGCCCUCUCUGGCGUGUUAUCGGCUAUCCCGGCGCCCCUUGUCCUGCCCGAACUCCCCACCCUCCUCCCUCUUCUCCUUCAGAGCUUAGACCUGACCGAACAAGACCCAUCCUCAAACCUCGUCAAAACAGCAACCCUGAAAACCCUCGCCGUCAUCAUCCGCGACAACGGCGUCGACGUAAUCGACGCAAGCGGCCACGUGCAAGACCUCGUGUCCCGGCUUCUCAAAACCGCAUCAGCCAAACAACCUGUUUCUUCUUCUUCACCGUUACUCCGCGAACAAGCACUUCGCUGCUUAUACCUUCUCGCAAUGACCCAAUCUCCCGCCGCCGCUGCUCCUCCAGACUCUGGUAGCGCAGCAGAUGUCGACGCCGCGCUUGCAGCUGCAAUCAGCAGACCGACGGGAUCACACGUCACAAAGACAACAAAGAUCUCGCCGCUAUUGGCUGUGAAAAAGCAGGUUCUUCGGUCGCUGAUGCAGGUGCUUGAUGACCCCAAGCGAGAUGUGCGAAAGGCGGCUGUUGAUGCUAGAGGUGCAUGGCUGCGAGGCGUGAGUGAUGUGAAUGAUGACGAUGACGAUGAUUGA